AUGUUCUUCGCAGCUGUUCGUGAGCACGAGGAUCUACUCAAGAAGCCUGGAGGGCGCAGUGAGAUAUAUGUCCUUCCGCCUUCCUACCCAAAACUCAACGAGAGAACGCUGGACUGGGAUUCCGUCACCAUCUCAUCCAAAAGUGAGGCUGGGCUGGCACAAGUCAAGAGUUGGUUCGACAGCUGUGCUAAUGGCCACACAAAGUGUGGUAACUUUUCCCACUUGGUAGCUCAGAAGGGCGAACUACCCUCCCGCUUCCUUGAUGUCAGUGGCGGGGCUAUAAAACUAGAAUGCAGACCAUCUGUCCUCAAAGGUGUGCGAUAUACAACACUCAGUCACAGCUGGGGCAAGGAUCCGUCGUUAUGCCCCCAGCUCAAGCAAGCACUCCUGGAAAGCUUCAAAACCAGGAUCCUAGAGCCUGGACUGCCCGCAAAGUAUCUGGAUGCAAUUAGAAUCACUAGGGAUUUGGGCUUUCGGUACAUCUGGAUCGACUCAUUGUGCAUCAUCCAAGACUCUGAGGAAGAUUGGAAGAAGGAAUCACUCAAGAUGGCGUCUGUUUAUGGACGGACGAGCUGCAACAUAUCAUACAUGUACCCCCCUCUCGACGAAGGACAGAAGAGGUUUCUACGCGAUCCUCGGUUGGACCUGCCUUGCAAGAUAUGGCCCACGCUUUCGCAGACAAAGGGCAAGCAAAGUACUGGAAAGACAUCCAAAUAUGUCCUGGUUCAAAACGCCCCUGGAUGGAUAGGCUCAAGCUGGGCAUCCAUGACACAAGACGACCUCUGGCCUCUACUAUCUCGAGGGUGGGUAUUUCAAGAACGAAUUCUUUGUCCGCGAAACGUUUACUAUGGAGGCCCUCGAUUACUCUGGGAGUGUUGCGAAGGGGUCAAGGACGAACUACUUGGACAGCCAGUCAAUGUGUCCAGAUCAAAACAGGACUUUUACUCGAUAUUCUCGGGUUUUGAGACCAUCCUCCAUGGUGUUGACCAGUUUGAAACAUUCAACGGUCAGUGGUAUGGCCUGGUUCAAGAAUACCGGCUAAGAGACCUCACAUUCGAGAAAGAUCGAGCCAUAGCCUUUGCUGGGGUGGCCAAGGCCAUACAGAACAAGACGAAACUCACUUAUCUCGCUGGUAUGUGGAAAGAAUUUGCCGACCUACAACUAUUGUGGUCCAUUGAUCACACUCCGGAAACAAGAGAGCUUUGUCGGAAGGAGUGGAAGAGCAGGCCGGAUUAUAUCCCUUCCUGGUCUUGGUUUUCUGUUCCUCGAACUCCGGAUCCUCUCUCAGAACGAGAUGCCGUGAGCUUCCAGAUCACCAUGGAGAUGUACACACAGCUGCGACAUGCAACCUAUCGGGCGCAAGUAGUAUCAUUCAAUCAUCCCAAGCUUGGAUUCUGGCCUUGGAGAAACCAGGAUGUUCUCUUCCAUGACUUCCAAGGUCUCUCGAUUACACUCAGAACACGAAAAGUACCAGCUACACUUCAGUGGGACGACGAGACUCUUCGGAUCUUGCCAUUUGGGCGUCAUGAGCUGGGAGAAUCUGCCUGGGAUCCAAAGAUAGCCAUGGUAUAUGCGCAUGACGAUGUCGGUGUGACUCCUGGGUGUUCUCUUCCCGGCGAUAUAUAUAUGAUCUUGUUGUUGAAGGAAGCGUGGUAUAUGGGAGCCGGGAGAGAAUACUCAUAUCAGCCUUCUGAGAAGCAAAAGCACGGCGACUAUGGGAAUGGAAGAACUGUGUGGCAGUACACGGGGCUUGCAGUAGUCCGUUCAGAGACCAACAAUGGAAGAAGCUGCUGGAAGCGUCUCGGGAUUUUCUUUUUUGCAGACAGGGUAACAGGCCUAAAAAAUAUCACAACGCCGUUCACGAAGGAGGGUAUCAGGGACGAGGACGUGGUGUUGGUCUAG